AUGAACCCUGAACUUUUAGAACCAGAAAACCAACCUGAACAUUUUGGAAACUCGAUUCCGGUACCAGAAUCCGAAUCGAAUUUCCCUGGAAACCGCAUAACACCACUUAUUAUGCGGAAACCUGAACCUGACUGGAUCUCAUCAUGUGUUAAAGAUGAUGUUAAAGUUAAAGAGAAUACCGAUCUGCAAGAGAAAUUAGACAAACUAGAAAAAGAGAACCAAAAUCUUGAAUCCCAAUCAUCGCUUAUUAAUUUUGAAUGUGAUUCAAACCAAAAGAGCUUUCAAGAGUCUAACGAAUCAUUGAGGACGAAAUUGGGUUUCAUUUUCGAUACAAACAACCAAAUCAAAGAGGAAAUCGAAAAGGCCUUGUACACUGCUCAAGCUCAACAUGUCAUCGACAAGCAAGCUACGGAAAUUCGUCAACUCAAAGCCGAUCUUCACUUGGCAAAUGGCGAAAUUCGGAAAGUUAUCGGUCGAAAACUGCAGUUGCAAGUCGAGUUGGACGAGUUUAAAAUGAAUGCCGCAGUCAUCCAGCGAGAGAAAGAAGAGCUGGAGAAGGAGAUGGUCGCUUUGAAAGAAAGUGUCAUCCAACAGAAAACUGAUUGGCGUUGCAUCGAGUUGCAAAUCAAUGCCGAAAACUACGGAUUGAAAAGGGCAUUGAGUCAUUUGGGGAAGGUUAAUCAAAGAAUGAUUAAAACAAAUGAAUCUCUUCAAUUUUCAACUGAAAUUGCGAAUUAUUUGGCUGAAAAGAACGAAGCUGAAAAGGAUAAUCUUCAAUCGACCAUUGUCCAAUUGGAACAGGAAGUGAUUCAAUCACGCCAGACAAUUGAACUCUUGCAGAAAGAAAACCAGGAAAUGUGGAACAACCGAGAAACUUUCGUCCUAUCUGCUCAAAAAGCAGAAAAAUUGGCUCUCGAGCAAAUGGCAGCGCUCUCUAAUGCUCUUAGAGAACUGGAAUUGGCGGUCAAGUGUUCAAAGGGCGUGACCGAAUCGGAGAAUAUUGACCUGCAGAAUAGCGACGAGUUGAAUCAAAAGGAUUCGAAAUCUACCAGAAAUACAUCGUGGCUCAAACAGUGGCUCAUCAAGCGCGGAUUGAUUAAUCCGAAACCGGAAGAGAGCGAGUUAACAAAACUAUUACGAGGCACCGGAAUUUUGAUGAUGAAAAGAGCCAAGGAUCUUAAGGAACAAGCAAACACUGUGGCAGGAACAGGAAAAGAAUUGACAAAGAGAGCUAAGCAACUAUCAAAUAAUUAA